UAAAUUUUAAAAAACCGAGCCAAUGAGCACCGCCCACCGUCACGCUCUCCGCCAAUCAGCUACGAGGCAUGACCCCAGACUUCAGCCAAUCAGCAAUGAGACGCGGCGCACGUUGGUGACAUCAGAAGCGCGACUGGAAGCUGGGAGGCGGGACGUAGGCUCCACCAAUCACAGCCGCCCUAGAAAAGCGCGGGAACGUUUGGACCGGGGGAGAAAAACAUGGCGGCGCUGUAGUGACGGGUCGGACCUGAACCGGGAUAAUGGCCGGCUGUCAUCACGUUAUGCUGCUGCUGGACGCGGCGGGAGGCGCGGCGGGUUCGAGCCGACUCCGCCGCACCGCCUUGCGCCUCCUGGGCUACCUGAGCUGCCGCUUCGGCCUAGCCCGGCUGCGUUGGGCCUUCAAGUGCUUCGACUCCAUGGGCGCCCGGGGCCGGGAGGCGCGUGGAAGCGACUUUCGCGAGCUGCGGGCCGGCGCGUGGCAGGACCUGGAGGCCGAGCUGGAAGCCCGGGCCGGGAGCGGGGUCUCCCCCCCUGCAGAUCCGCGCCCCGAAGCGCGCGCGGCGCCCACCCAGCGCGCCCUGCUCGAGGCCCUGCUCGACUACCAUUGGGACCAGCCCGAGAUCGCGUCGCCCGCCAAGACGCCCUUGCUGGACGAUGACACGGCGGCCCAGCGUGGGCCCCGACGCGCCGUGUUCCUGCUGGCACCGUGUCCGCAGCUCCAGCCGCGACCUGCUGCAGUUCGCGGGGGUCCCCGACGCGCCCACCCCGCGCCACGCCAUGGCACCAAGCUCUUGCUGCCCAAGAGGCUGCAGGACGGGCUGCGAGCCCGGGGCAUCACCCUGUGUUGGGUGGACACCGGCGAGCCCUCGCCGUCAUGGGACCCACCCGAUGACCUCGGCUACCAGACAGUGUGUGAGCUGCUUUACCACGUAGGAGGCACCGUGGUGCCAUCUGAAACAUUCAGCCAGGACUUCGAUAGGACAGAGAGGAUGCUGCGAAAUGAACCCUGUCUUUCUCCGUGGGUUUCCACUCUGCCAACUGAUUCCACUUUAAACCGUCUGCUCUGUCCUUCUGGGUAUGAAUCCUCCUUUCCUGGGACAGAAGGAACAUUGCUUCUCCCUGUUGAAGGAGGAGAGCGUUACCAUACUUGGGUGGUCAUCCUGGAGCCCCUGACCAUGCAUCAGAGACCUUUCUCACAACCACCACGAAUUUUCCUGCAAGGCAUGGUGACCCACUGGUCCCCUCCAAAGAGCAGCACCAGGGCCACUGAGAGCUGGAUUCUCCGAGCUCCUGAGGAGGGCGUGUCGGUUUCGGGGCUGUCCUUCCAGCAGCUGCUGGGCAAGCUGGCUAUGGAAGACUCACACCUGGUCACCUGUGUGGACCCCUGUGAAGGCUGGCCCCCCGUCACUGGAGUUCUUUCUCCUCUCUCCAAUGAUGCUGCCAUUUUAACCGUGUUUCGCACCAUGGAGACUGAAGUUCAAAGUCAUUUUCUCCACACAACGGUAGCAGAGAACUCCCAGGCUGCCACUUCCCUCCUUUCUAGUGUUUUGGACGAUGUCCUAGGCCGGAUGGAGGAUUCAUGGGAAGAUCCCCCUGAUUCGGCCCCCAUGCCAGAGUGGGUACAGCAGGAGUUUGGCCGCUCUGUGCCUUGGAGUGCAGCCGUGGUGGAGAAGUGGUUUGCUCGAUCCCACCUCAGCGGUGCCAGUUCCAGUUUAAUGGAGUUCUUUCGCUUGCUGCAGGCUGCCUCGCUGGACAUGGAAGAAUCUUCUAGAACCGAAAGCGAACUUACAGGGAGCCUCUCAGAGCUCUACCAGAGAAAGUCUCGUGAGGAAUGUGCUGCGGCCAACCAAGAAGACAGCAGAAAGAAACGCGGCGUUCCUCGGACCCCCGUGAGGCAGAAGAUGACCACCAUGUGCCGCUCCUUGAAGAUGCUGAACGUGGCCCGGCUGAAUGUCAAGGCUUCUCAGAAGCUCCGCCCCGAUGGCAGUCCUGACGCAGUGGGGGAGAAGGGCCCCCUGGGAUCCGCAGGCGGCAGAGCAGAUCUCCGGGAGACCAGAGGGCGGACACUGAGGAGCUCCAAACCGAAAGAUUUUCCAACCGAGGAGGCACUGCUCUGCUACGUCCACGAGAGCUACCGGAAGGCUGUGACUGCUGGGGAUGCAGAGUUGCUCACCUGUGCUCAGAGUGUUGUCUCAGCCGUGCAGGCUUUCUGGAAGUCCAGAGGCACUAAGGACUUGGGUAUUGACUGCCUGAAUCAUAUGAAAAAUAACCUCUUGAAGACGAGUAGAAGUCUUCGAGGGAACCUGGGAGAAGAGCUGGACAAAGCAGACAAAGUCAGAGAGUGCCAGCUGCAGGUGUUCCUUCGCAUGGAGCUGUGCCAACAGUGCCCGUCACUGUGUGAGAGUGCAGCUGACCUGGAGCAGAUGGUGGAGGAGGCAACCGACCUGUUGCGCAUGGUGUGCCUCACCCAGGACUCUGCCUACCUAGCUGCGCUGCUGGACCAGAUCUUGGGACUGUACAUCAACUCCAUCCCAAAGAUACUGGGAGACCUGUACCACAGCCUGGGCUUUGUAAUCCCGUCAAGCCUGGCCAGGGUCCUGCCCGCGGACUUCUUCAGUGACGAUUCCCUGUCACAGGAGAGCAAGUCGCCCCUGCGCUCUGAGUCUUGCGUUGUGCAGUCAGUGGCAGGGGCCACCGAAUCUGACCAGCUGGAGGAACUUCGAACCCGAUCAGCUAAGAAGAGAAGGAAAAAUGCAUUAGCAAGACAUAAAAGCAUCACAGAAGGUUCACAAAAUCUUCGACAAAUUGAAAUUCCCAAAGCAUCCAGAAGGACUACCAAAAGUGAAAACUCUCGUCCGACUCUCCAGCUGCCAUCAGUCCUGGCGAAGGACACCGUGCAAGAAGUGACCAAAGUUCGGAGGAAUCUCUUCAACCAGAAACUACUGUCCCCGUCGAAGACUCCACGUAAGCAGGGCCUGCCCAGGAGCUACUCUGUGUCAGCUGUGGACGGGCUGGAGAGCAGACUUGCUGGCUCCAAGAGGUCCAAAGGCUGUCGCCGACUGCUGACGAAGAGUGUGGCUGAGACGCCGGUGCACAAGCAGAUGUCCCGGAGGCUGCUGCACCGGCAGAUCCAGGGCAGGUCCUCCAACCCUGAGCCUGAGAUUGAUGUUGUUGAAGAAUCCCCAAUUAAAGCCGAAGAUGAAGCUGGUUUGAGACGAAGUCCAAGAAUCAAGCAGCUCUUAUUAGCCAGGACCAGUUCUGGUUGCUUCUACUCUCGGUCUCAGCCGAAGGCACACAGUAUGCAGAGAGUCCACUCAUUCCAGCACAUCACUGCAGAUCAAAGAGGACACUCCCCGGUGCAGCGCCUCCAGACUCCCAAGAGGCUGCUUUUCGGCUCGGUGACUGACAUGAGCAGUCCCCCGGAGAAGGGCUCAGCCCGGGCAAAACGGCCUUCAGGAGGCGCCCCAGGACCUGCCAUGGCAUCUGUUGCCCAGACCCCAAGGAAGAGAGCUCGGACGGCUCCCAGCUCUGCACAGGCCACCCCUGGGAGAGCCCCACACGGCCCCUGCGAUCCCCCGGAGAGGCUGCAGGAACCCCCCUUGGAAGUGACACCUGCCAAACGGGCCGUUUGUGGGGAGCCCUUAGCAGUCGCCUCCCCCCAAAGCCGGGCAUCACUGCCCCAGCCACAAGGCACUCCUCAGAGAGAGGCAUCCCUAACCGGUAGGGCAUGUCCCCUGAGAGUGAGGAGCCCCAGGACACCCCACAGGAAGGCAGGCCGGACCCUGGGACUCCUGCAGGACUCUCCUCCGCGCCCCUCGGUGGCUCUCUGUCCUGAGGACCCCGGCUGGCUGUCAGCCCCAGUUCUGGAGGUACAGGACCGAACCUCCCAUGAGGGCCCCACUCAGCUUCCUGAGUCCCAGUACCUGGGGCAGCCUGCCAUUCUGCCUUCACCCACUCAUCUCUCACCCUGUGGCCCUUCCGAGAGUCCCCCACGGACAUCUGCACUCCGACCUCUCGCCGGACAAUCUGGCUGUGAAGAGCCCCACGAAUCGGCUUGCGGGCCCCCAUGUACUCCCCACAGAGCCUCACGGAGAUCAAAGCUCGGGACCCCCGGCCAGAAGAGCCCGCUGGGACCCAGCCCUGCUCCUAACCACCCCCCACUGACCCCUCUGGAAAGCUCUGAAAGUCAGGGGUCCUCCGUGGCUGACCUCUACGAGGACCCCUGCUCACCCGUGUUCAACUGCAGCAACACGUGGCCUCUCCCCGUCCCAGGCCCCGAGAAGCCUGCAUACCGCACACGGACCAGCUCUGGCACCGAUGCAUCUGAUAGUGAGGAGAGGCCACCGCCCGGCUCUGAAGUUCCUCAGUCGUCCCUCUCCUUGGGGCUCAGCUCUCCCCUGACGCCUUUUUCAUUCACCUUGCCUCCUGAGGCUCUGCCAGCCUGCACCCCAUCCACGCAGGCCUCUGCCAGCCCCUGGGACUACGAGCUAGAGCCAGAUGAAUCCUCAGGCCUCCCAAGUCUGCUAAUCUGGAAAAGGGACCCGGGCAUGGAGGCUGAACCCCAAGGAGGGGAGAACCCCCUGCCUAGAGGGGCUGCCCCGGGGGCCAGUAAGUCUGGGGUCAGACCUGAGACCAUGUGCCUGUCAGCACCCUGCCCCUGGCUCUCGCAUAGCACCCCCAGCAAGGGCCGGGGGCAGACCUACAUCUGCCAGUCCUGCACCCCAACCCGUAGCCUUGCCGGCACCCUAUCUCCACCCUCUUGGAGCCCGUCACCCAAACCUGGUGGGAAGGGGACUCCUGAAGCCAUCCAGGACUGGCCUCGGAAGAAGAGGGCCGCGGACUGCAGGGCGGGCAAGGUCGAGGGUGGCCUGGACCCCACUGCUGCGCUGGCAGUGCCCAGUGCCGGGCCCGAGUGCCAGGAGCGAAGCUUCAAGCUCACUUCCUCUCACAAGGCCCCCGCUCUCUCGGAUUUCGAGCUCGAGGGGGUGUUUCAGUUGCCUGCAUUGUCCCCAGCCGCUGAGGAGGCCCCAGGAGCCAGCAAGAGGCCCCUAUCCCCACAGGAUGGAGCUGAGUCCAGGCCAAAGAGAACAUGUGAACCCCAAGGAGAUGUGUCCCCUCGGAGGCAUGAGGAGGGGUCCCCCAGGCUAGGGUGGUCGCCACUGGCCGUGGAUGAUGACGAUGUAUUUGUCUCAGGGUCCACUCCACCCCCAGGCAAUGCCCUACGGAGCUGCUUAUCUGCCAGUGGGCUCCAGGCGCUGACCCAGUCCCCGCUGCUAUUCCAGGGCAGAGCACCACCUGUGCUGGCUGCCAGUGCCAGAGGGGACGACGGGGGUGCUUUUCUGCCCUCAGCCAAGGAGUCCCCCUGCAGCCAGGCGCAAGCCCGGGGGCGCCCCUUCAUUAGGAUAUACACUCGGAAGAAGCUGCUGAGCUAGGAAGGAUCUCAGGACUCGGCUUGAGCACCCUGAUAUGUCCCAGCCACGGCUCCAUGCAGGACGCCCACACCCGAGGAAGGAGGUCACCGGACCCAAGCCUGCAACCGUCGCAUCAUCCCUUCCCUGCCCUUGAAGGGGGCUGUUGGGCUGGCACAGGAAUUGACAGCGGGAGGACCAGAGACCAUCUGGCCCAGCUGCACAGGAAAGAGACAC